AAAAGGAGUAAACCUUCACUCAUAUAAAUACGAACUAGUCACAAUCAACUACUUGCAAUUGACUUUUUUUUUUAUAAUUAGCAAAUUUUUCGCUAAUUUUGACAAGUGAUUUUUCUCCUGGAAUUUGUGAUUUCGUGAACACGUUUUUUUGUCUUUUAUUUGUAAAAAAGUAAAAAUAUCUUGAACCAUGGAUAAUUCUGCAAAUUCGAGCAACAAUAGCAAUGUUAAUGCAACAAAUAAACGACUACAACAGACGCAGGCUCAAGUGGAUGAAGUGGUUGGUAUCAUGAGAGUAAAUGUUGAAAAAGUAUUGGAACGUGAUCAGAAAAUCAGUGAAUUGGAUAAUCGUGCGGAUGCGUUACGUGAAGGUGCCAAUCAAUUUGAACAACAAGCUGGUCGCUUAAAACGUAAAAUGUGGUGGAAAAAUUUAAAAAUGAUGAUCAUUUUAGGGGCAAUCGCUACAUUUAUUGUUAUUAUUAUCUUAGUGUGGAUCAUUCAAAGUAUUAAAGGUGACGAUAACAGUAACUAAAAAAAAAACUAAAAUUGGAUUGAUAAUAUUUAUAAAUAUGGACCCUCCGUACUUUUUGUCUUCCCCCAAAUCAUCCUGAUCUUGAUAUAAGAUUCAAAAUUAUUUUUAGUAUUAUAUAAUCUUUAUAAAAUAUACAAAUACAACCAUUUAAGUCCAGUCCAUCCAGCAUUUCUACUUUUUUUAGAAAAUUUUAUCUUUUUUUUUUUUGAGGGAUAUACAACAAAAUAUU